UGUGAUUGGUAGAGCCCAGUCGGCAGGUACUUUAUUUCCAUACUGUACCUUUAGUCAGUGAAUUUCGAUAUGGAUCCGGAGGCGUUCUUGGACCUGGCGAACCAAGUGACGAAGCUUAAUCCAUUUCCAUACUUUGAUAUUGCUCACUGUGCCAUUACUUGCUUUUAUGUGCGAGAAGAUAUUGGUGCAGGCUCGCAGGCGUUCUCCCGGAAGCAUCCGCUGGCCACAUGGCUGUCGUCCAUGUUCGCCAUAUUCGCCGGCGCGCUGCUGGCCAACUUCCUGCUGGGCGAGCCGGUGCUGGGCGCCGUGAAGAACAACAACCAGCUGCUGGUGGCCACGGCCGUCUGGUACGUGGUGUUUUACUCUCCAUUUGACAUCGGGUACAAGGUGGUCAAGUUCCUGCCGUUCAAGGUCGUACUGUCCGCCAUGAAAGAGGUGUACAGAUGUAAGAAGGUGCACGACGGCAUCACCCACGCCGCCAAGCUGUUCCCCAACAGCUAUCUCAUCAUGGUCGUCGUCGGUACUGUCAAGGGCAACGGCGGCGGCUUCGUCAAGAUCGUGGAACGCCUGUUCCGGGGCGUGUGGACCCCCACCGCCAUGGAAAUCAUGGGUCCUAGCUUCCCGACGAAGGCCUCUAUUGCCGCUGCCAUCAUAUUCGUGCUGGAUAAGAAGACGGAUAUCAUCUCGGCGCCCCAUGCCCUCGUUUACUUCGGCAUCACGAUCUUCUUCGUCUAUUUCAAGCUGUCGUCGCUGCUGUUGGGCAUCCACGACCCGUUCGUGCCGUUUGAGAACCUGUUCUGCGCCGUGUUCCUGGGCGGCGUGUGGGACUCCCUGCAGCGCGCCGUCUCCGGCGGCAAGGCGGCGCCCGGCGACCCGGUCCGACCUGACGCCAAGCCGGAGGCCGCCAAGAAGAAGGACUGAGAGGGGUGCCCUGACGCGAUCGGGUCUGCCAUCAUCUCAUCCAAGCCGGAUGUUGGCCGAUCAGAGCCUGUGUCGUCAGCUGGCGACAGCUGGCGAGCAGUACUCCUGCUACCGGUCCUGCGACCAAUUCAUCUGGUCUUAUAUCGACUCAUUUAGUGCCGGGCGGCGCCUGACCGGCGUCCGACGCCAGCUGAGCCUGCGCCACGCGUCAGCUGAUCAUGCGAUCAAUGUCAGCUGAUGUGCCGCGCGUCAGCUGAUCCAGCGCCGGACGUCAGCUGACCAUGCGUCGGACGUCAGCUGGUGUGCUGCGCGCCAGCUGGCGUACCGGACGUCAGCUGAUGCAGCGUGGAGUGUCAGCUGGUCCUGGGCCCGACGUCAGAUGAUGUACCACGCAUGAGCUGAUGUACCAAACGUCAUUAAUGUGCUGGAUAUCCAUCGAUGCGCUGGAUGUCACCUGAUGUGCUGAGGUCGGCUGAUAUACGGGACGUCAUCUGGCGUACGGGACGUCACCUGGCGUACGGGACGUCACCUGUCGUACGGGACGUCACCUGCCGCACGGGACGUCACCUGGCGUACGGGACGUCACCUGGCGUACGGGACGUCACCUGGCGUACGGGACGUCACCUGGCGUGCUGGACGUCACCUGGCGUACGGAACGUCACAUGACGUACGGGACGUCACCUGGCGUGCGGGACGUCACCUGGCGUGCAGGACAUCAGCUGACUGCUCGCUCAGGCGCUCCUGGAUGGCAGGCCUCAUUGUCGAGUCGUCUCGUGUCCAAGUCCGAGCGCCGGCCGGCCCGGUCCGCUUCCCUCCCGCCCGUUUCCGACGUUUUCCCUGGAGUGGAGAUGGCGUGGCAGGACCGCCGCUCCUGCAUGGUCGUGUAGUCACCUGUAGUGCAACUAGUCCCGUGUUUUGUGUUGACCUUUGUCGGUUUGGGGCUCCUUCCCCUGUCCAGUGCGGGUGGUGUGUGCUGAUCAAGAACAGGGAGGGAAUCAGCCUCAGUUGAUUGGUAUCUCGUGUCAUCGGCAAGUGGUCUCAUUCUGCCAGGCUGUACGGGCGCAAACGUGGUCUGAAUGCUCCGAAGAUGUUGGGUGGCUAUAUGAAGAACAUGAGUAUGUUCAUAACAUCUAAGCAGUUCGUUGUUGGAUGUCUCUUCGCAUCCAGCCACGAAAUUUGUAUAAAAAGACAGACGUUCAGCUCAUGGCAUUGCAGUGUUAUGUGUUGAAAGUUGUUAUGCUAAGUUGAUAACCUUGUCGAAUUCUGCCACGAGAUGGCACUUAUUGCUCCCAAGUUGCUGAAGUUUGCAUUAACAUUGGCCUGAAAGGCAUUAAUGUAAACACCAUGAAAGUCAAGAUCUUGAGUCAUGCAUGGGCUUAUGCCCGAAUUAAUUGUGCAAUUGGAUUUCAAGUACAAGGCCACGUUCAUGAUAGGUCGUGGCAGGACUAAGAAUGAUCUUGGAGAUCAUUGGCGGGGUGUCUUGCGUAGAAGACGGGCCCAACGCUGUGAGCAUGAGGGAGAACUCUGGAGAUUGCUUAAAACAAAACUGAACGUGACACCGUGUUCCAAACCUGUUAGUCCAGCCACAGGACAUGGCCUUACAGGCCUGGACGAUCGACGAGCCUCCCUUCCUUCCAUCAACAAACCAACUACCCCUCCCUUCCCCGCCCGUAAUGUGCAUAGGUUGUCGAACGUGGUAGACCGCCCGCUCAUGAUUAGCUAAAUACGUCGCACAUAGUAGGCCUCCCCGCCCAUAAUGUACCUAAUAUGUCACGCGUGGCGAAACCACGCAGCCUGGCGAGAGUUAACGUGCCGGCCGCCAGGGUAACGUCGAUGUGGAUUCCCUGCCAAAGACAGCACUACGGCUGCGAUGAUUGGGAGCUUACGCCGAGCUAGUCCCUGCUUCUUGUGCCGGCCGCUGGUGGGCGCGCGUGUCGAGAUAAUGAGGGUGCUGAGGGAGGGCGGCCCGGCCGGUGGGCCGACCCAACGAGGGUGCUCUGGCUGCUGAGGGAGGGCGGCCCGGCCGGCGGGCCGACCCCCUCCCGCACCGCGACCAGCAAACAUGGCUCGUCUGAUGCGCAUGUGCGAGUGCAAUACAGCUUUGUUCGGAGUGGU